AUGGCGCCAUUUAAGGUGAUCAUUGUCGGCGGCAGCAUCGCUGGCCUGGCCUUGGCCAAUAUGUUGGAGCAGUACGACAUUGACUUUGUGGUACUAGAAAAACACGCUCUUGUUGCACCGCAACUUGGCGCAGGGUUCGCGAUUCAACCAAAUGGCGCUCGGAUUCUUGAUCAGCUAGGUUGUUACCAGACCCUCGAAGACGCAAAUGAGCCGGUCAAUUCUCUGCUUAUGACGGAUCGGUAUGGAGGUCCAGCAGUCGAUUUGGCUGAAUUUGGGCGCUGGUUUCAGGAAUCGUUCGGCUCUAAGAUGCGGUUUAUGGACCGGAGAAAGGUGAUCGAGACGCUCUUUGAGAAUCUCCGGGAGAGGUCCAAAGUCAAGACCUCACACGCGGUUGUCAAAGUCUUUUAUCAUUCGGAAGGGGUAGAGGUUGAGACAGCCGACGGCUCUUUGUUCCAUGGAGACCUUGUAGUAGGUGCGGACGGCGUUCAUAGUCAUGUUCGGCAGGAGAUGCAGCGUAUUGCCGCUGAGCACAGCCCUGGCAAUGAUCUUUUCCCAGAAGCACAUGCAUUUACUUGUGACUAUGGCGGCCUGUUUGGUAUCUCAAAGGCGCCCCCAGAGGGCAUUCGCCCGGACCAGGCAUUCAAAUGUUUCGGAGAAGGACACAAUCAUCUCUGCGCAGCCGGUCCUGGCGGUACUCUGUAUUGGUUCUUACCGUUCAAAAACGAAGAAAAGACGCAGGGGAAAGCGAUCCCGCGCUACACGGAAGAUGAUCUGAACCGAAUCGUUGCCUUAGCUCGUGAUGAUAUGGUGAGGCCCGGGUUAAACUUCGGAGAUAUCUAUGACCGCCGAAUUCGAGUUUCAAUUGUCCCCAUUGAAGAGGGAAUUCUGAAGCAUUCUUUUUAUAAACGAAUGGUGCUGCUAGGCGAUUCCUGGCACAAGGUCAAUCCCCUAGGUGGGCUGGGCGGAAACACUGCAAUACAAUCCGCUGCUGUUCUAGCAAAUGAGUUGAAGGAUGCUAUAGUAGAAGAUGGAAAUACCAACGAAGCUGGUCUGGACACGGCCUUGCGGAACUAUCAACAGGCUCGACUAUCGCUAUCCAGCAAAGUUGUUGAUACGUCUCACGGCAUACAGAAAAUGGAAGCUCUGGAAACGCGGGUGACCAAGUUCAUUCAGUUAAAACUGAUCAAAUACGCGGGCAUGGAAGUGAUGGCUGAUGCGCUUGGUAAAAUGUUUGCGGAAACCCCGCGCCUCAAGCAUUUGCCUCUCUCUUCGCGCGGUGGCUUUAUGCCGUUCGCUGAUGAGGUUCGAGUCAAGCCUAAGCGUCGCUCAGGCACCGUCACUAUGCUUUUUGCUUUGCUCCUUGCUACGUUCCUGUUUUACCUGUAUCCCCACAUGCAGCAAGCAAAGCCUACGUCGACAUUAGAGAAACGGGCAAAAUUCGUCCAGCUCUACUACAACCUUUCCGUCACAGUCCUCACGGUUAUUAUAUCCAUCGAGUCAUAUCGCACAUGUUUCUCAAUAAGCCCAUUGCGCAGUGCCCUUCCAUUCGGAAUAGCUGCCAUGUUCGUCGGCUGGGAGUUUGUGGCGCCCCUAUACAUGGCUCUAUUCGCUUUCUUCACGGGCAUGAAAUCCUACUACUACCCCUCCCCAAGAGCGAUCGAUCUAGCCACCGCUCGGUCCCUUGAACUUGCCUAUCUCGUCAACUACCUCCCAGUCAUAGCAUACACAUUUGCUUGCUCCACGUUUCCAUCGUUCCCAUGGGCCCUUUCCCAUGCCACCCUACCCCUCACCAUCCAGCUAGUCAGGAAAGGGGUUUUGUGGCGGGACCCCACCAGCUGUGAUGGUGGUCCAGCCCUUCUAUGGGGCGAUCGAGAUCAGAAGCCGAUCUCCAAAUUUUUCUCAUUGUUGCAACUAAGUCUGAUCCUAGUAUCAUUUUUUGGAGAUUCUAGAAAAGGGCUCUCUAUACUGAGAUUCAUUGAUCUACGCUCGGUAUUGUCCUCGGGGAAACCGUAUGGAGGCGAUGAUGCCAAGGCGUUACUACUGGAUUUGAUGCUAAUGGCUUUUAUGUGGUUUAUCAUGUGGGAUAUCCGAAGAGUAAAUGCUAAUUCCGAGAAUUUGGGCUCCAUGAUGCUCUUCCACACUGCUAUGGGUCUCGCAUUAGCCCCUAGUGUGGCUGUCGCUCGCCUGUGGGCAUCACGAGAAAACGAAUGGGAAGCAUCACGGAAGAGACAGAGCCCCAUCGAGGACGGACCCGACGUCAAGGCCUGA